AUCAGCAAGCCCAAGUUUCACUUCUUAAUUCAUCUUCCAGCUUUCAUCUGUUGUUUCGGACCCGCAAUCAUAUUCUCCACCGAGAGAUAUGAAUCGUUUAAUCGUGUUUUCCGACUGUCAUGCAUUCACAGUAAUCGCUGCACGCCCAGCAGGGAUACUUGUCGACUCUUUGCGUACCAAGACAUCGUGAAACACGUGGCCACUGGUGGAUAUUGGUUUGAC